AUGAUCGAUGCAGUGUGUCUAGGUGUUGAUCAAGGAUUGGCGGAGUUGAGAGAUCUAUUGCAGAACCUACAAGAAGGUAGCAGAAGGUGUUGCAGUGCAGUGGGUGUGUCGGUGAAGAUUCGACAAGGCAAGAUCGGAGAAAGGCUUGACUGGUGGUGGGUAGAAUCUGGUUUGUCAAAACUAGAAUUUGCUCGACAUAGACAUGUUGAAUACUACUUUUGGGUAGUUGGUGGUGUGAUUGAGCCAAAGUAUUAUGCAUUCAGAAUUGGGUUUGCAAAGUUAUCUGCACUUAUAACAUAUCUGGAUGGCGUUUAUGACACAUAUGGAACUUAUGAGGAGCUCCAACUCUUCAUUGAAGCCAUUAAAAAAUGGGAUCCAUCGGCCACAAAGGGGCUACCAGAGUAUAUGAAAAUUGCAUAUAUAGCCUUCUAUGAUGGGGUGAAGGACAUGUGGGAAGUUUACAUUGAUUCAUAUAUGCAAGAAGCAAAGUGGCUUGUUGAAGGUUAUGUACCAAGUUUGGAGGAGUAUUUAGAUAAUGGAAAAGUUAUUGGUGGCUCACGUGUGGUGACUUUACAACCUAUAUUAGCAGUAGAUGCAAUUCUUCCAGACAACAUCUUACCAGAAAUUGAUUAUCCUUCAAAGUUUGAUGAACUUUUAGGCUUAACACUUAGAGUUAAAGGUGAUACAAGAACCUUUGAGGGCACUGUCAAUGGGGCCGAAACGAAGCUCUUUUCUGUGAUUCAAGGCAAGGUGGCAUCUAUAAAGACGGUGAUUUUAGGGUUUACAGUCAUGCUAACGCAGAAGCAUCUAAAUCAUUAG